GGACUGCCAGGUCCUGAACAUGAUGCUGAGGAAAUACAGCUUCCCUUCCAUCGCUCUGCACUCCAUGAUGAAGCAGCGACAGCGAUUUGCAGCUUUAGCCAAGUUCAAAUCCAGCAUCUGUAAGAUUCUCAUUGCCACUGAUGUUGCUGCCAGAGGUCUGGACAUUCCUGCAGUGCAAGUUGUCAUCAACUACAACACUCCUGGGCUGCCCAAGAUCUACAUCCACCGGGUUGGGCGGACGGCGCGGGCGGGCCGGAAGGGACUGGCCAUUACCCUGGUGACACAGUAUGACAUCCACCUCGUCCAUGCCAUCGAGGAGGAGAUCAAGCUGAAGCUGCAGGAGUUCUCUGUGGAGGAGCAGUCUGUCUUCAACAUCCUCACCCACGUCAACGUCACCAGGAGGGAGUGUGAAAUAGAGCUGGAGGGAACAGAUUUUGAUGAGAAGAAAGAAAUAAAUAAGAGGAAACAAAUGAUCCUUGAAGGGAAGGAUCCAGACCUGGAGGCUAAAAGGAAGGCUGAGCUGGCCAAGAUCAAGAGGAAAAACAAGAGGUGCCGUGAGAAGAUCCAGGAGACACUACAGAAGAAAAAAUUCUCCCCUGAGACAGAGUCUAAAAAUACUGUGACAAAAUGA